CAGAAACAUUUGAGUUCAUCAAACCUGACUCAAUCAGCUCAAUAUAAUUUUCGAUUCUUUAUCUUGUGAAUAACCAAUACAUUUUUUUUCGAUUGCGCAAAGUUUGCCAAACUCACCCCAGAAUCCUCAUGAAUUUGAGACAGCUUUUUAACACCUCACCGACCUCACCUCCGUCUUAUAACUCUGGGGUUUUGCUCUGUGUGACGAUUCUCGGUCUGUCGGUCGUCUAUUUCUGUACUUAGGCCUAGUCGAUUCUCGAGCAGAUUCCAGGAUGGAUCCCAGAUGACCAGAGCACCCCAUUCCUUGCCUCGACCAUGAGCGAUCCGCACGUCGUGUUCGACACGACUCGUCGAAAGGAGAUCCCUUACUUGUUGUCCACCCUAGAUGCGGGUCAACCGUCCAUGGUGAUUUACAAGUCGCUCUCGUGUUUACGGUCGUAUUUCUUCAGCUCGUCUUCAGCUUGCAUUCACCCCAAAUUGGACCAAGUCGUGUCCCAGGGCACAUUGCUGAAGGCUUUGCUCAAACUUCUGGAAAAACCCAAUGCCAAGAUUGUGGACGUGACCCUGUCCAUCUUGGGCAAUCUAUUUCUCGUGGAAUCCGUCCGGAAACAGCUGUAUGACGAGUCUCUUCGAGGGAUCUCGCUGAUAGUGACCGUUUUAGAGAACAUUACCGUGGAAAGCAUAAUUUGUCGGGUAUGCCGAGUGAUUGCCAAUCUGGCUCAAAAUAGUUGGCUAUGUCAUCAAUUCAAUGACAAACAAAUCUUCACGAUGUUGGUCAAGGCCACCAAUGAGUCUCAAUUCGCUCCUAAGACCAAUCAGGUCAUUGUUCGGGCUGUCAGAAUCUUGGGUUCCACUUCCAGGGAGAAAAAAAAUGCCAUUGAAUCCUUGGCCAUCGGCAUGGUGGCCAAUCAUCUUCAGACUCCAGACGAGGAUCUCCUCAAGGCUGUGACCAAAUGUUUGGCUCAUUACACUCACGGGUGUACUUUGGAAGUGGCCCGACAAGUUGGUGGAGACGGCUAUGAACGCUACAAGAUCUUGGUGGAGCUCAUGGAUCAUCCGAACCGCUCGAUUUGGGAGGCUGCUAUGGCCAUCACGGUCAACCUGGCCUAUGUUGCCGUCCUCCGACCCACUCUGGGUAAUAUGGGGGCCAUUGCAGCGUUGGUCAAAAAGUUGGAGAACCGUUGUGAAUUGGGAUUGAGUCCCAAAGAGAUCGCUCAUUGUGUCACCGCUCUGUGUCUAUUCUGUCGAGAGUCGGUGAAUCGAAUGAAAAUCCGAGAAUGCAAUGGUCUCCGACUGAUCGUGGCCAUUCUGAAUGACUUCGCCUUGUACAAGCUUUUCGAUCGCAUCGUGAACUCCUUGCUUCAGUUCUCGUUUGACAGUGCGAGUUUGAACACAUUACAAAAUGAAGGCUUGGUUCAGACUUUGGUCAGCUACAUUUGGGCAUACACCGAAAAAUACGGCAUAUUCCACCGUUGCUCAACUGAGAAGGGCCUUAUGAACCGCUACUGUCCCAAUGAAGAUGAUCCGGACCUUCCACACGGAUUUGAUCCAUGUGGACUCCCGGAAAUGGUGGAUGCCGAGGACGUCCUAGACGCCAAUGACAUUCCCGAGGAUAUUGGUCCACCCGAACCCGAUGGCGAGGACAGCAAUAUGGAGCCUGUAGAUCUGAAUGACGAGGAGAUCGCGGCCAUGAACUUGCAAGAUCAAGGACAGGGACCGAGUCCACCUCCCGAGAAUAUCAAUGUCAAAGAACCGAUCGUCUUCCGAGUGAACAGUCCCAGCUAUCAAGCCGUUCAAGACGAGUACAGCGAGAUCAUGCGACGACAAGAGGCCAUGGCCAACUCCUCGUGGGUCCGAGGUCCUUCCCACGAGGCUCCAAGUGGUCCGGCUUCCCCGGAUCGCUCGCCAUAUCCUUGGAUGGGCUCUCCCGAACACUCUCCGGGCUAUUCUCUGGAGGGCUCACCCGUGUCGUUGGCCAGCCGUAGCCCGCAGAAAUCGCCGGAGCGAGGGUCCCCUCUGACUCUACCCAAGUAA